AUGUUUUUUUCUUCUCUAGGAGAUGACCCAUUCCUGGCCUCCUCCUCUUACUGCUAUUCACACUCCUGGAAAGGCUGAACAGACCAAGUUUUCUAUCCCAAGCAAGGACUCCCAACAUCUGACCUCAGGAUACAAUGUACAAAAGUGGAGUGAUCCAGGAGGGAAAGUUGCAACUAAGUCAGUGCCACAAAAGUCGAUGCUUGAGGAUGAUCUCAAACUCAGCAGUGAUGAAGAUGACAAUGAACAGACUCCAGAUUUAUGCAAUUUACACUGACCCGGUGUUAUCUCUGAUGUCAACCCUGUGCAGGAAGCCCACGUUUUGUCUCAACCACAACGUAGAAUUGCUCUAAAAGCACUGCUGCUGUACUGUCAGUGCACGUCCUUUAGCCAAAGGCAGGGCGGUGCUGGGAAGCAGUGUUUCCUUGCUCACAGGUCAGAGGCAGCAACUUAGGUGUGCAGCUGUGCCCAAGCUGCAGGAAGCCUCAAACUGCACCAAAACUUCACAAGACUUUACAGCAACAUGUUUGACAGCAUAUGCUGAAAACGAGAGAGCUGCAGUAAGGAGCAUUCAUGUCUAUUCUCAAAGCUUUAUAGUUCACAGAAAAUGUUUUUGUUUCUGUUCUUUUCCUUUAAGCAGUAUGAGUUUCAUGUCACUCUGAGUGAUAAGCGUUGAUUAAUAUCUCCUUAGAUCUCCCAAGUGUCUUCUAAAGAGGCAGAUUAUGGUAUCUAUAUUUAGAGAUUCAAAACAAGAAUGGAUCCAAUCAUGUAAAAAAUAAAUGAACUGUUUGGACACUAAGCACACCAGUCAUAUUUCUUCAGUUUCCUGCACUUAACAAGAAUAAUGUACCUUUCCUAUGUAGCCCACAAGCAUGUCUGUGCGUCAUUUGUAUGUGCAUUACAAAUAGAAAGUAUAAGCAAUAUGAUAUAUACUAUGGGAAAGAAUUCCACAGGUUUUUAGAUUUCCUGGAAAUGUGACUGUAUCUGACUGUCCUUUAAAUUCUUGUCACACUGCAUCCCAGAGUAAGGCCUUGCAAAGCUGAGCAGUAUGGCUGUGCUGCAUCACUCAAGCAUUACACUGACAAUACCUUCACACUUCAGCAGCUUCUGCCAUCACUCUCUAAAGGAAAGAAGGGGGCCUGGGUGUGGAAAGAAGGUUGACCAAGCACAUUGGUCGGACACAUAAACAUCAACAAAGUAACGGCGAUGUUUUUUGUCUGCAAAAUAUUGUUUACAAAAGAUAUGCAGAACAUCCACUCAUGAGGGACGGAUGAGGGUGAUUACAAUAUGCAAAUUAGAAGAUGUUGAAUUUUCAGCUGUGGGUUUAUAAAAAUGUGGGUUUAUAAAAAUAUGUUUUUAUUAACAUAGGAAUUUUGCAUGCAAAUAACUACAGCUGUACACGUGUAUACUUAGAAGGGAUAGAAAGAUUAAAACUCAAAACCAUUGUAACAAUUUAUGCAGCACUGUUCUAAAGAAUCAUUCUCAUUGCAAUUUUUCAGAUUUUUUUCUGCUAUAGGCUUGUAGCUGAAGUGAAGCACAAGCUAGCAUUUACUCGUUUUUAUUUAUAAAAAUACGACAUGUAAAAAACAUAAUCUUUUGACUAGUAUUUCAAGGAAGCUGAAAUUCUUUGAGAACAGCGGCCAGUGGGGAGUCCUAGGACCUAGGCUUGUAUUUGUCUCUUGAGAAUUGCUUGGGACCCUUCAGUACUUGCAUGGAAGGGGCAGUGGUGGCAGUGAUCCAUAAAUGUGCCUUGAUACCAGCUUUUAGUGAAUGUCUAUGGUAUGUGGAGAGUGAUCUAUCAGCUUGUCUUCUGAGACUACUAGUAGUCCAUCUGUCUUGUUGCAAGUCUGUUAGAAGCUUGCCUGCAAUAAACAAAACUCUCAUGUCCUGUACUUUCACUCCUGCAAAUAAGCACACAUAUUUCUGAUCGGCAUUGCACUUAGAGGACCAUGAACCUCGUAUUUUUUCAGUUAUUAUACAGCUCCUUCCUCUUCUCCUCAGUGUUGAGGAGAAACCUAAAUCAUGAUCAUUCUGACCUGAUGAGGCUGAGCCUGAUUUUUUGAUAAAAUGAGGACUAAUAGUUUGAAGCUAGUGAAAGGUAUUUAGUCUAUUUAGAUAGCAUUAGUGGGUUUGUUACUGAAUACACUGUUCACUUUUCAACAUCAACUUUUCAUACAGGCUGGAAGUGGUUUCUAAGGGCUAUGUUCUGGAGAACCCUUCUUAAUUUGAAAAUGUUAGGUCUUCUUGGUUCUGCUAGGAAAAGAAGAGACUAUCCUCUCUAAUUGCACUCCAAAAGGCUUAAGAAACUUCAUCAAGGAAGUGGUGAGUGGAAAUCCAAACUACCUAGAGUCAAACCACUGCACACUGCAAGGAAAAUUCGUGGUUUUCCUCUCUUUUUAGACGCCAUUACUACAUGCUCUGGCAGCUGUGGGCUUGGAAUAGAAGUUCUUAGGCAGGAAGUCCAAUGAGAUUAUCCUCGAGGGUCCCUUCUGAUCUGUAAAUCUUUGGACUGUAUUGAUCAUAGCUAUAGGUCGUGAAGGAAGCUAGAAGUUACUCAACCUCCGGUCAUCAUUUUUUGGGCCUCUCUUGGAGAGACUGCAGUUAUCACCUAUAUCUAACACAUGUAAACACAUCCCACAUCUUCAGUGUAGACAAUUUAGAUCUGGCCACAUGACACAUGCUUUGUCUCUUAGACAAAAUGCUGAUUCUUAUGUCUUUCACUGUGGGUGAUUUGGGAUUAAAGACCCACAGAAAACGACAGGUUAGAUCUGGAAUCAAUUUUCAUUUACAGCUGAGAAGCAGUUAUUGAUGCUGUGCUCACAGUUCAAUAAAAGAUCUAAAGAUAUAGACCUUGUGUUUCUUUUUCAAUAUAAGCAGCAUAAUCAGUCGCAAAUGUUUUUACAAAGAAAAUUGCACUGACAGCUUUAUUAAAAUUGCUGCCUUUAAAGUUUUAAGAUAUCAAAAAUUUGACCUACUCAAAUGGUUUUCAAUAUGCAUACUGACCAACCCAAUGGAUUUUUAUGUCAUAUAUUUAUAAUACCAGGUAUUAUAAAUGUUUAAUAUAUUGUUUGAGAAGUAUUGUUACUUUUAAGCACUGCCUGGGUGUUAAACUCUACAGAGAGGAGCACUGCACUCAUACUGCAUUCAAAGCUCCUCUUGCACAAUAUUUUUUAGGUUGCCCACAACAGAUGGUGUCAAGGCAGAUGACACACAGGUUCAUAGUAAAAACAUUAGCUGACAAGGUAUUUCAGAGAUGCUGCUAUUGAUGCUCUUCUGUAAGAAUAGUGAUUUUUAGAAGGCUUUAUUACUGUGUUAAGAAACUAACUCGGAAAUUAGAAAGAGUAGUGAUUGUUUUCAAUUAGUAGCUUGGUUCAGCUAAAAGAGCUUUGUCUGGAUACAGUAUUAUAAGGAGCUGUAGUGUACUCAGUUUUCUUAACAAGCUCCUCUUUGUUCUUCUGCCUAAGAAAUAGUCCUGUUAACCUCUGAAAUGCAUUCCUAAUUGAAAGCACAUCACUAGUUAUCUGUGUGCAUUUUAACUAAAGAAACUUUGAUACUAACUGCAUUGUUUUCAUGUAAAUAGUAUUUUUGGCAAACAAAUGAGAUGUUUUUCUUUUCUAUUGUAUUGGGUCUUUUUUUCCCCUUCUUCACUUAAUGAUUGUCACCUUAUUUGAACUCCUCUGAUAACCAACUACAGAGACAUUGUUGUGACAAGACAAACACAAGACAUACACAUAAUUCAUGGCCUUGAUCUGUCUUCUGUAUUUUACACAAACAUUUUUAUUUUUUGCUAGGUUACUACUAGGCAAUUACCUACAAAAUGUUUGACUUUGUAGCUCAAUCUAAAAAGGCGAUCAGCUGAGCUUUGAGUUGUUAUAAUGCAUACUGAACGUUCAAAUAUUCAAUUAAUUUUUUUUAAAACCUAUGACAUGCAAAGAUGCACUAUGCUGUUGUUUUCAAACAUGUUUUAAAGUGAUAUGUCUACCACUUUCGUUGUAACAAUAGAUAUCCUUUCCUGUGGUCAUUUAUCCCAUUUUUUUAGCUGGAUCCUGAAUAAGCUGUUUACUCCCCAAGGUUUCGCUGCAUUUCCAUUUACUUUGUUAUCUAUCAGCAGAAAGGCUGAAGAACAGCUCUUCAGUAAUGACAUCAAUACUGCACACACAGUGAGAGAGGUCAUCUUGUCAAAGCUGUGGAAAAAUCAGAUGGAUUAGGAUGAAACUAGGUGCAAAAUAACUUUGAUAGAGUCUUUAAUGUAAACAGUUUAUCUGUCACCAGGUUUCAUCUAAAUCCCAGAGUGAUGCAGCAUCUGUUGUAGCCACAGCAGUGUGUUUUGAUAAAAAGCCCACUUUCCAGCAUUUAAGAUCUACAGUCAUGUUUUGUAAUUGUAGGGAAAUGUUUUCAUUGAGCCAUUAAUGAAAACAGAAGCUAUUAGGAUAGUGCAGUCAUUCUUCUCAGUCUGUAACUAUGAAAAAUCCUUUCAUGAAGAUAUGCCUCUACUUGCUACCUCAGUCCCUUUAAAUUGAUACUCAAAUUAUUUUAUUCUGCACAACACUAGUAGAAACAGCUGUGUAUCAUCAACCACGUGAAAGGAAUUCUCCAUCUUCUGUUAGACCAGUCUUUGGAAAUAAGGGAUUUGAUGGCUGACGUCUGAGGUACUAAUUCACAUGGCAGUGACAUAGGUUCCUAUCGUUGUGUUUGUUCAUUAUCAGCAAAAGCUUUCUGCAGCUGCUGUGAGAUAUGAGGUGAACUUGAUGUAGUUAUGAGCAAAGAACAAGGCACACCACUAAACUGUAUGGUGUUAUCAAAGGCUUUUCACUUUUUCAGACUCAAAGAAUCUCGUGUAACUGUUUCUGCACAUGUUGUUAUUGCAGAGGUCAUCUCUUACUGGGGACAGGGAUUAAUACAGCCCUCAGGAGUAAUGGUUGCUGUAGACUGUACAGUUGUAUAGAUCAACAACAAGAAGGUUGCCCCUGCAGACUGCAGGCAUGGUCUUACCUCAGUUGCAUGCAUCAGCAUUGGAGGAACUGGAGAAGCCCCAUCCCUCCCACUGAAUUGCCUUUCCCAUGGGUUGCCUAGUAUGCACUGGCAUCUCAGUGACUAAAAAACUUUCUACUGCAGUAGAGAAAAUAAUGCAAGAAAGGAAAAUACUGGAAGGUGAGCAGCUCUAGCCAAGACUGAAAUGCCUUUGUUGAAAAGAAGGAUAAAUAUGGCUGCAAGAAUUUCUCUCUUCACAUUCCCACAAAUAAGCAGGCCCCUCAGCGCUCUCUUAAGCAUUUGCAUUUCACAGGUUUAGUUUUUCAUGCCACUAGCCUGAAGCAGCCAAACUAUCAGCCGUGCCACUAGAAAUCAUUCACCUCAAGGAAAAGCUUUAGACACAGACCUGGUGCCUCUAUCACUAAUUAAGUGGAGGUGGAAAGACCAUUUGUUCCUGAGCAGAGCCAUAAGGCCCAUACAUUGGAGAUCUGCCAGCUUUUUGGGAAUGGGAGGGAGGAGGGAAAUACAGCUUUCAGUCCUCAGGAUGGAUCACGUACUCUGUGUGUGCAUGCAUGCCUGUGCACACAUGUUUUUAUAAAGAAGGCUUUAUUAUUAGCAUGGAGAAAAAUACAUUUCCCCAAGUCCUUUGGCAUACAUAUGCCACUUAUGUAAAAGUCUUGCACUGUUUUGGCAGCAAGCAAAGGCAGCAGCAGCUGAGAUAAUUGAUUGACACCAAUAUUGUUGUUGUUAAAGGAAAAGCCAGACUUGACUGUACUGU